AUGACCACUCUCUCGGACGAGCGCCUGGCGUUCAUGCGUCAGCUUGGUAUCACUGAAGAAGAUGUGUUGGAUCCUUUUCUUAUUACUUCUGAAAGUGAUAAAAAUAACAAGUCUCCGGAAAAUGAUCUAGGUUGUGGGGCCGUUCGUGAAGGGUCACGAGGUUCUGCAGCUUGUAAGACCUCAAAGGGAGAGUUUCAGGGCGCCCAAGUCCCAGAAUAUCAGUCGAAAGUCUCUCAUAAAGGAAGAGUUUCACAUCAAAGUGUCAAUAGAUAUGCGGGCUGCAAGGAGGUUUCACCUGAAAAGUUGAAGGUUGAUGGUAAUCGGGCCUUUGAAGAUGGGCGGUAUCGUGAGGCACUGAAUUGCUACACUGAGGCUAUAGAAAUCCUUCUUGGAAUGGGAGACUAUCAACUGAAGGGAGAUAGCUAUCGUAAGGCUGAAGGUGUUGGUGUUGUCGAACCCAGGUUCAGCCAGAGUGAUCCAAUAAUUGUUUUGCUUGCCGCAUUAUUCAGUAAUCGAUCGGCUUGUUAUAUUCAAGCAGCGAAACAAAUAGGGACAGCAGAGGCUCUUGAAAGUGCCAUACGAGAUGCUGAUCGUGCAGUUGAACUUCGACCAGCAUGGUUUAAGGGUUACUCUCGUCAAGGUGACGCAUUCUUUAAAAUGAAAAAGUACGCUCAGGCCGCUGAAGCAUAUGAGAUGGCGUUACAACUUGAUCCUGGAAAUAACAAUCUUCUUUUGUCUGUGCGGGAGGCUAGGGAGCGUAGUGCAGAUGAAACUCGCAAUCACAUACGAGCUGCCAAAAAACAUGCGGCACCUACAUCUACUAAAGUAAAUGCUGCUUCAGAUGCAAUCGCCUCAGUAGCGAUGUUUGCAUCUAAAGAUGUCUCUUUCAAGGAAACUCCUUCUGGGAGACGAAAUAGUGGGCAGCUCAAGACUACUGCACGCCAACUAUGGAAUGAGUUUAAACAUGAAGUGGAAGCCUCCGUCCAUCAACCCACAGGUGAUGAUUAUCGACGAGAACAACUGCGAUUGUAUCGGGAACAGAAGGAACGAGAUAGAAAUGGAUUUGUGCCGGUACCCUCUAGUGGACACCGAAAGAAUGAUGAUUCGUUUAUAAAAGAAACCCAAAGUGAAGAAGUUUUGCCUGAUGGUACUGGGCCAGUUAAGGGGACUUUUCCCAGAAAGGAGAGACCAGACUACGUACCGGAAGAGUAUUCAUCAGAUGCUGCUGCAGCAUACCAACAACGACUUCUUGAGGAAUAUAGGCGGAAGAAAGCAAAACAACUGUAA